GAGGUGACCCACACAGACAGUUUCUCAAACUGUGUCACACACCUUGUCUCUCUCCAGGCUACUCUCUCUCUCUUUCUCCAUCUUGCUCUCCUCCGUCUCUCUCUCGCUUACAUACGGACACUGUUUUGUAAAUCAUGUCUCAGAGGCAGACCAAGCUAACUCAGAACCCUUUAGAGAAGAUUUGGAUUCCCUCCAUGAGUAGCAAGCUGUACCGACGUCGAGGGUCGUCCGUUCCCCAGUUCACUAACUCUCCUACCAUGAUUGUGAUGGUGGGGCUGCCUGCUAGAGGGAAGACCUACAUCUCCAAGAAGUUAACCAGAUACCUCAACUGGAUAGGAGUUCCCACUAAAGUUUUUAAUGUAGGUCAGUACCGGCGGGAUGCGACCCAGUCCUAUAAGAGCUAUGAGUUCUUUAGACCUGACAACCAAGAGGCCAUGAAGAUACGCAAGGCCUGUGCCAUUGCGGCUCUGAAGGAUGUGUGUGCCUACUUCAUGCAGGAACAAGGACAGGUGGCAGUGUUUGAUGCCACCAACACAACUAUAGAACGUAGAGAAGUCAUUCUCAGCUUCGCCAAGGAGAACGGAUACAAGAUCUUCUUCAUAGAGUCGCUGUGUGACGACCCAGAGAUCAUUGCUGAGAAUAUCAAACAAGUGAAGCUGAGCAGUCCAGACUACGCGGGUUGUGAUAAAGAGGAGGCGGUCGCUGACUUCCUCAAGAGGAUUGAGUGUUACAAAGUUACAUACAUAUCCCUGAACGACGAGAAGGACAGGAGUCUGUCAUAUAUAAAGAUCUUUAACGUUGGCAGCAGGUAUCUGGUGAACCGUGUGCAGGACCACAUCCAGAGUCGUAUUGUUUAUUACCUGAUGAACAUACAUGUAGCGCCGCGGUUCAUCUACCUGACCCGCCACGGAGAGAGUGAACUCAACCUUGUGGGACGCAUUGGAGGAGACUCUGGCCUGUCCCCACGCGGUAACAAGUUUGCCAGUGCUCUAGGAGGGUACAUACGUAGCCAGUGUAUCAGAGAUUUGAAGGUGUGGACCAGCCACAUGAAGAGAACCAUCCAGACAGCUGAGGGUCUGGGAGUCCCCUACGAACAGUGGAAGGCCCUCAACGAGAUAGACGCAGGUGUGUGUGAGGAGAUGACCUAUGAGGAGAUCCAAGACCACUACCCAGAAGAGUUUGCACUGAGAGACCAAAACAAGUACCGUUACCGCUACCCCAAGGGAGAGUCGUAUGAGGACCUGGUGCAACGUCUGGAGCCGGUGAUCAUGGAACUAGAGAGACAGGAGAAUGUUCUGGUGGUGUGCCAUCAGGCUGUCAUGCGCUGUCUGCUAGCUUACUUCCUUGAUAAGAGUGCAGCGGAGUUGCCAUAUCUGAAGUGUCCUCUCCACACGGUGCUGAAACUCACCCCAGUUGCUUACGGUUGUAAGGUUGAGUCCAUCUUCCUCAACAUUGAAGCAGUCAACACACACAGAGACAAACCAGUGAAUGUUGACGUGGACAGAGAACCAGAGGAGGCACUACUGACAGUCCCAGACCACAUAUAGAGGAGCAGAGGGAGGAGAGGAUGAGAGAGGGUCGACUGAUGGUCCCAGACGACAUCUGGAGGAGGAGAGGAGAGCUACGAUAUUGCGACACAAUACGGGGAGAACCAAUGAAGAGACACCGUUGCCGUAGAGACUGAAGUGAAGGAAUAAGAGAGACUGCUGGGAAAUGGAGUUUAAAGGACCAGACUACAUGAACCCGACAUCUUUAAUCCUCUGUCUAAACGGUGCAAGAUAAAAAUGCAACAUCUCUCUCAGUGGAACCCUGUUAGUGACAGUAGAAUGAAGUGAAUUCAUUAAUUUGUCUGUCUGUGUGUUAGGAUCAUGUGUCUGUGUAUUAGGAUCAUGUGUCUGCCUAUAUGUUAGGAUCAUGUUGUCCAGGAUUUCACAAACUCGGUCCUCAGGACCCCAAGGAGUGCAAAUUUUGGUUUUUGCCCUAAACAGCUGAUUCAAAUAAUCAACUAAUCAUUAAGCUUUGAUAAUUUGAAUCAGUGUUAGGGCAAAAAACAAAAUGUGCACCCCUUGGGGUUCUGAGGACCAAGUUUGGGAAACGCUGAUGUUGUCUAUCAGGAUCAUCUAGUCUGUCUAUGUGUUAGAAUCAUCUAGUCUGACCAUCAUCAUCAUACACUGGGGUAAUACUGCGCUCUGGUCUGGUCCAUAUUUCCAUGCGUGUCCGUGUGUCCAUGUGUGUGUUGUUAGCAUGUAGUGUGUGUUGUUUGCAAGUGGUGUGUCAUGUAAAAGGUGUGACUGA